AUGAGUUCUAUCAAGGAAAAGAUUCCUCACGGUGGCUUGUCUACCGUUGUGGAUUUCGAACAGGGACAUACGCAACUCGGAACAAUUCAUGAUGUACAGAACCUCACGAUGCUUGGCUACAAGCCAGAACUACGACGCAACCGAUCCAUGUUUACUUUAUUAUUCCAAUCGUUAGCGAUCGCUGCCAUACCAUAUGGCUUUGGCGGUCCUCUUAUUAGCGCUAUCUAUGGGGGUGGUCAACUACCGAUGUUUCUAGGAUGGAUUGUAGUUUUAAUACUCGGCGAAUGCAUCGCCCUAUCACUAGGCGAGCUGGCCUCUCGAUAUCCGACGUCAGCGGGCCCUUACUAUUGGAGCUUCCAGCUCGCCAGCCCGAAAUAUCGAACAGUUCUCUCUUUCAUCACCGGCUGGACAUGGCUUAUCGGAAAUUGGACUAUCACUCUGUCGGUCAACUUUGGGUUCGCGUCCAUGCUGGCUGCGGCAGUGUCAUUGUUCAAGCCAGACUUCACUGUAGAGGCCUGGCAACUCUUGCUUAUCUUCUAUGCCGUGUGUAUCCUUACGUUCUUCAUAGUUGCCUUUGGCAAUGCAAUUCUCCCAUUAGUCGACACGAUAUGUGCUAUAUUUACAGCCAUUAGCAUCGUCGUUACUUGCAUCUGCCUAUCCGUGAAAGCAGAUGUUGGCAGGCAUUCUCCUAGCUACACCUUGGGACAUUACGAUACAUCGCUCUCUGGCUGGGAGGACUUUUCAUUUUGGAUUGGCAUCUUACCUGCCGCCUAUACGUUUUCGGCUAUUGGGAUGAUCUCGUCAAUGGCAGAGGAGUGUGGUGAUCCCACAGUUAAGCUACCAAACGCAAUAUCUCUUUGCAUACCAGUUGGCGGUAUUGCUGGGUUAUUCUUUAUAAUUCCUCUAUGCGCAACAUUGCCAGACUUAGCGGAUGUAAUCACGGCACCAGUAGGCCAAGCAUUGCCGUAUAUCUUCGGAAAAGUCAUGGGAUCACCUGGAGGCGGUCUCGCUCUUACUUUACUGGUCCUUAUAAUCACCUUAUUUUGCUCAAUAUCCAUUACUUGUGCGGCAUCGAGAUGUACAUGGGCCUUCGCGCGGGACAAUGCCAUCCCAUUUGCUCGCCUCUGGUCGAAGAUAGACGAACGUCACGGCACGCCGAUCUGGGCACUUGUGCUUACAACGCUCAUUGAGAUGCUCCUUGGACUAAUCAACCUGGGAUCUUCAUCGGCAUUUCUUGCCUUUGUGUCAGUUGGCGUUAUAUCCCUUGCCGUAUCUUACGGGAUACCCAUCGCUAUCUCAUUAUUUCAUAAUCGCAAGGAAGUCAAUAGCGCUAAGUGGACUUUGGGAAAAUACUUAGGAUUGGUGGUUAAUUUGCUCGCGAUAGCUUGGAUUCUUUUCGAAGUAGUAUUAUUUUCCAUGCCUACCGUGUUACCAGUAACCGAGGUCAAUAUGAACUACGCAAUCGUAGUCUUCGUUGGGUUUAUGGUUCUUAGCGCGAUAUGGUAUGGCAUAUAUGCUCGGAAAGUGUAUCGGGGACCCCCAGAAUCAGACGGACUUGCUGUCGAUUCUUAG